UCUGAUAACAACGUCAACCACAUGUUGACUUCAUCAAAAUAGUUUGUUAGAACUUAGACCAUUAAAGGUGUGAUUCGAUUUGGUAUCAAUAUGGAUCAAAUAAUAACAUCGACUCUCAAAACUCGUAGACAACGUUCUCUUGGAUUGCGUCUUUUAAUAUGUUACCUUAAGAAAAGUAACGUUAAAUUAGAAGAAAAUGUAAAUACGUGGACGUCUUUAUUGAUUCAAUCAUGCAAAUUGCCUGAGUUACGUUUAUAUGGAGAUUUAAUAUUUUCAGCUAUGGCACUCCUAAUUGACAGAUUGCAGAGCGACGGUAAUAUGUCAAAAGCAUUCGCAUCUGCUCAUUUAUAUAAAGUUAUUGAAUGCUUAUCUCACAACGAAAUAUAUAAAAACGAACGUCAAACUUUUGCUGCCUUACACACUAUAAAAAAAUGUCUUAAAUAUUACCCAAAAGGAACAAAAGCUAAAUCAUCAACAAUUAAAAAUAUAUUAGCAUUAUUAAUAGACAACCGAAACGAUGAUGUUGUUUAUCAAUCUGGUGAAUGUUGGCUUUUAUUACACAAGCUUCACGGUAUUUCCGAGAAGGAACAUAUUGGUAAUAUAAUUGAAUGGAAGGAUUUUCAAUUAUCUCUGCUUAGUAAUAUCCAAUAUAUUAUUAAUAGUACAAUAGUCAUGAAUAGUCAGGAAUGUGUUGAAAGCCUAUCAAAACCAAAUAAUUUUUGGGCUUUUACCUUUGAAGCUGUAAAAGAUCCUUUUGAAAGGGCUACACAAGCUUUUCGACGGAUUUUUAAUCUUAUUGAAUAUCUAAAAAUUGCAUUAAGAAAACAAUUUUUCAAAAAGUAUAUUUGCAUACAUCAAAUCUUGGUUUUAAUACAAAAUGGACUGAAAGCGCAUGUAAAAAAACAACAUAAUUUACGAAUUGAUCAUGCAUAUAUCGAGACAUUUUUGCCGCAAAUGCAUAUGAAAUUUUUGGAGCUUUUGGAAAUUGUCAUUGAAACAUGUUAUACACACCUCAGGAUGGACUAUCGGCUUGUUCUAAAUAUUUUAUUGGAUGGCCUAGAAAAAAAAAGGAAAUCAAUGUUUCUAGAAGCAAAUUCAAAGGAAGUUUUGAAUAUGCGUGUAGUUGUGUAUAGAGUUAUAUCCUUAUGGUGCUCUACUCUACAAGAAGGAAGCCAUUGCGAAAUUAUUGAGGAUACUCUUAUCAAAGAAUUGUUGGGUGAUAUGUUAUCUCGAGUCCCAACUUCAAUAAAAAAUGAAAGCGGACCACACUUGAAACAAUCACCUGAAACUCUAUUUUCGAUGCUGAAAUUUUCAUUAUGCAAUGAAGACUAUGACGAGCUUCGUCAGCAAGCACACUCUUGCCUACAAAAGUUCUUGUUAUCGUCUGGUCAUUUGAUAAAGCAACAACUUUUAAAGGAGGUGCACAACACCUUAUUGGGAAUUUCUGUUCAAAUGCAUUCUCAUCCUACCAAAGAACCAAAGAAUAAAGAAUUAAACGGGCGCCUGGAAGUUUACAUGUCUUUCACAAUUUUAUUAAAAUUGCGAAACUAUAGAUGUCCUACGCCUUCUGAAAUUAUAAUGACUCUUUUACACGAAUCCCGAUUAUUCAAUGAUAGCAUUCAACUUAAGCAAAGUCAUAGUUUAAACUUCUUGGAACUGAUGCUUCAUCCUCAAAAGGCGGAUAUUCAUUUUAAAAGUGUUGACAAUUUACGGAGUAUACCUUUAAGGCACACAAACUUUUCAACAAAUCAAACGAAGAAUGGAAACGAUUUGUUACAAACGGUCAAUAGUGCCAAAGACCCUUUGAUGACGACCUUUACAACAAUUGAAAAUAAUGAAGAUAACCAAAAAGAUAAAAGUUCUUUGAGUAAAGAGAAACCUUUUGAAGUAGUUUCUAAAAAUUACUUAAAAGAAUUAAUUGCUGAGGAAAAAACAAAAAAUAUAAAAGAAAUAUCAGAUGACCCUUUGAUCUCAUCAAAAUGCAACAGCUUGGAGAAUUUAGAAGAACAAACUCAUGGAAUUAUGAAUGGCACUAAUCUCAACUCUGAUUUAAUUUCAUCCUGCUUCAGUGCUAAAAAUACUGUAAAAAUAAUUCCUUCGAACUUGAAAAAAUUAGAUGAUGCUGAAAUGAUAGCCGACCUGGAAGCAAUAUUCGUUAGUGAACUUUUAUGAAAAAAAAGAUUACUUUUGUAUGCUUUAUUUUUUUUUGGCCGUCUGCGUAUAUUUUCCCGCGGAAUAAUACUUUAAAAUAUGAUUAUACUUAUUAUUUUUUCUGAUUCCGUAAGCCUAUUUCUCAGCAAAAUGGAUAUUUUUUGUCGGUAUAUUUUUACCUUGAGCGUAAAUAAAAUUUCAACUUUA